GAGGAAUUUUAAGAAAAACAGCCUUCACAACAUUUGGCUUAUUGGCAGCUACGUCACUUUGCUACCCAAAUGAGGCUGUUUCCCUCACAACAGAACAGUAUGAAAAGCUCAAGAGCAAAAUUCUUGAAUUUAAAAACAGUAGUGAGUCUGAUGACAAAAGCUCCUAGCAGGUGAGGGGACACAGAAAAUUCAAAUAAAAUUUGAAAGUUUUAUAUAUAUAAGACUAUAUUCAUUACAAUGUGAUGCUUUAAGAAGUUCCUUGUCAAUAGUUGUAUAUAAAAAGUAUCAGGAUAAUGAGCUACACAAUUUUUUUGUGCGGAUGUAUAUUUAAGGUGCAUGCCUCCAGAUGAGCCAAAAUAUUUCAAGGAUUUCGAAUCUUGAGAAACAUGUACUGAGAUUUUUAAGAAAAGUAAUAUGAUUCAUGAUAAAAGUAAAAACUUACAGGUUGUGUGUGAUAAAUUGCAGAUUUUUGCAGUAUUUUUUACCAUUUUGCAUUUGUUUUUGGUAAUUAACAUAGCUUGUAAGUUGUUGUUUGCAGUGUGUAAAUUAUUAUUUUGCUCAUAAUAUUAGACUUUUCAAUGCAUUUUCAAAGUUUUCAUGAAAAUUAGCUGGAAUCUGGAGGCAUGCUGCUUUAAUAUGAUGUGAUAUACUAAAUGAGCUUUUGAAAUAUUUUUUGAUUGCAUAUAUGGCUGAAUUAGUUGAGAUGCCUACUUUUGUUUCAAUUAAUUAAAAGAA